UCUGUUUAAGGUGAAUUCCUCAAGUUUCUUGUGAACAUGCAACAGGCGAAGCGUGUCCUUGACAUUGGUAUGUUUACCGGAUACAGCGCCCUGGCAAUGGCGGAAGCGUUGCCCCCAGACGGGAUGGUGGUCACCUGCGACGUUGAGCACUACCUUGAGAAAAUCAGUCGGAAGGAGUUCGACAAAUCUCCUCACGGAAAUAAGAUUGACAUUAGAAUAGGUAACGCCAACGAUACGAUGCUGAAUAUGGCGAAGGAAGGACAAACAUUUGACUUCAUCUUCGUGGACGCAGAUAAAGACAACUACGUAACGUAUUACAAUACCAUCAUGGAUCACGAUCUUCUUGCGGCUCACGGGACGAUCGCCUUCGACAACGCUCUUCUUAGUGGCCUUACAUAUCUUGAUACUGACGUCCCUGUUGAUGCCCUGAACAGGCUCGUGGGGAAUGACUCGAGGGUCAGAAGGGUACUGUUACCAGUGCGAGAUGGCAUACUGCUGGUACGCCGAGUGAAGGAUGUGACGGGACCACACUAAGACCAAAGGCUCCUUUCACGAAGCAACCUUUACUAAGGUUAACCUUAACUCCCAUUCUUAACAUUGCACUAAGGUUACCUUAGUGACUUAUGAUCAUCUUAGUGCUUUGUGGACAACUUGCUGCUUCUGUUUGAAAGUCACAACGUAACACAAUUCCAUCCCGAAAUUCCUCCAUUUUUGUCAACAACGAAAGGACCGGAAACUCUACUUUACACUCUGUAGAUGCACUCGGUAGUUUUACAAUCAUCAC